CACGAGGCGGAGGCGUAAAAUAUCUUUGUUUGUUUACGUUCCCGCUGAGCGAUAGGUCUAGUAAUUUAGUAGGCGGCGUAGCUUGGAAGUGAGAUAAACAGACAAUAGUUGCUCUUCUAUUGCAAAAGACCCCGUUAUCUGUCCCGUCUCAGAUAAGAAGAUGGCAGACUUUUGUCGUGCGAAGUUUAGAACGGAGAAGGCAUUUUUUUGCGCAGAUAUAGAUCCCAGCGUUUGCUGUAAAAGGGGAUAUUUUCGAUCAGUGAAAAUGGCGAGCGGAGGUUGCAUGGAAAGACAAAGGACUAAUAUGAAAUUUUUGAAAACGAAGGAAUCAUUAUCAAACGUCUUAUUGCACAAAGAAAUACCACUAAUGGAUGAGCAAAGGACAUUGUGUAGUGGAUGUCUGAACAUGAGAAGUACGAAAACAUACCGGCGUCGAUUAACUCUUUUUGCGGCGAUGGCAAUCUAUAUCUUGCCGCUGUUGUUAUUACAACCCACCGGAGUUCAGGGCUUAGCGCCCGGAGUUACAUGGUCGGUUGUAGCUGGUAUUAGCGUAAUAAAUUUUCAAAUCGAAUCAGUUAAUAGCCAAGAACAGACGACUAUAUGGGUGGAUCAACCAGAAGAAAGCGAAGAUAAAAUACUAAAAGACCCAUGCAAAGCACCUUUAUUUCUUGGUGACAUUGCUUUGGACGAAGUAGACGUUGAAGAUAUUUUCGGUGAAACAGUGCAAGAAUUUAUGGACCACGUGGGAAAUGACGAUUCAAUAGAAGCGAGAGACACCACUGAAGACGAUGGCGACGAUAAGAAAUCAAUAAAUUCUCAAAAGUCCAAGAAACACUCCGUGAGGGAGGCGUCAAAGGGACUUAGGCAGAACGAUCCAAGCGCAGUGGAUUUGGAUGAACAGGCCUUGAGAAAUAAGACAGAGUCCGAGCUCUCUCGAAUCCCCACUUUGAGAGAGAUUGUGAGAAGAAGGAAACACAGCAAGAAAACCGAAGGAGUUAAAUUGGAUUCGGGAAAGAGACGAAAAAACGGUCGCAGAGGGCGCAAGAGACGAGGACGGUAUCGUAGUCGCAUCCAGAGGACAGAAGCAGUUCAUAAACGAAUGAGAAGAGCAGCUACAGCACGUCCGGAACGGAUCUGGCCUGCGGGAGUUAUACCAUACGUCAUCAGCGCCAAUUUUACGGGUUCUCAACGUGCAAUGUUCAAGCAGGCGAUGAGACAUUGGGAAGCACAAACCUGCAUUACCUUCAUUGAAAGAACUGACGAAGAAGCCUUCAUUAAGUUUACCUACAGGCCUUGUGGGUGUUGUUCAUAUGUUGGACGAAGAGGUGGCGGACCUCAAGCAAUCUCGAUUGGAAAGAACUGUGACAAAUUUGGAAUUGUUGUUCACGAGCUUGGUCACGUGAUUGGAUUUUGGCAUGAACACACCCGACCCGAUCGGGACCGACAUAUUGAAAUAAUUUACAAGAAUAUACAACCUGGUCAGGAAUAUAACUUUGAAAAAAUGGAUUCGAGUGAAAUCAAUUCACUUGGCGAGACGUACGACUACUACAGUAUUAUGCAUUAUGCCAGAAACACAUUUAGCAAAGGAAUGUUUCUGGAUACUAUAAAACCCAGAGUCGAUGCGAAUGGCGCAAGACCGACAAUUGGACAGAGAACCCGACUCAGUGACGGCGAUGUUGCACAAGCGAAGAAGCUUUAUCAGUGUAAUACAUGCGGUUACACUUUGCAAGAUACCUCCGGUAACAUCACUUCGCCCAAUUAUCCUCAAUAUUAUCCUGCAGAAUCUCAUUGUAUUUGGAGAAUCAGCGUAACUCCCGGAGAAAAAAUUGUUCUUGAUAUUACAUCAUUGGACAUUUAUGAAUCAGAAGGUUGUUAUUACGACUUUUUGGAGAUUCGAGACGGGCAUUGGUACAGGUCUCCAAAAAUAGGUCAAUAUUGCGGUCGCUCUCUUCCCGCGACAAUAACUUCGACAGACAGCAGGUUGUGGCUUCAAUUUCGAACUUCAACGUAUUAUCAAGGAAGAGGUUUCACAUUGAAGUAUGAAGCUGUGUGCGGUGGUACUAUCCGGAAAGAAUCUGGACAAAUUCAAAGUCCAAACUAUCCGGACGAUUACAGACCUAGUAAAGAAUGCAUUUGGAAAGUAGUUGUCGAUGAAGGUUUUCGAGUUGGAUUGUCAUUUCAAGCCUUUGAGGUUGAAAGACAUGAUACAUGCUCGUACGAUUAUCUUGAGGUUCGAGAUGGUCCAACAGCAGACUCUGAUUUGAUUGGUAGAUUUUGCGGAUACGAUAAACCUGAAGACGUCAAGUCUACCUCGAACACACUAUGGAUCAAAUUUGUGUCUGACGGAUCAGUAAACAAAGCUGGGUUUGCAGCAAGUUUUUUCAAAGAAAUCGACGAAUGUGAAGACAAACGGAAGAGUGGUUGUCAACAAGGAUGUGUCAAUACAUUGGGAAGUUACAAAUGUGUUUGUGAUCCUGGGUACGAACUUGCAGCGGAUGGAAGAACUUGUGAAGCUGCUUGUGGCGGGUCCGUUACAAAUUUGGAUGGGUAUAUCACCUCACCGAAUUGGCCCAAUGAAUAUCCAACAAACAAAAAAUGUGUCUGGCAAAUCGUAGCUCCACCUCAACAUAAGAUUUCUAUUCAAUUUGAAAAGUUUGAAUUAGAAGGAAAUGAGGUUUGUAAAUACGAUUAUGUGGAAAUCCGUAGUGGUUUGAGUGACGACGCUAAAUUUCACGGAAGGUUUUGUGGACUUGAACUUCCUCCUGUCAUCAGAUCAACAAUAAAUGAAAUGAGCCUCGCUUUUAAAUCAGACGAUACUGUUUCCAAAAGGGGUUUCAAAAUAAAAUUCUUUUCGGAUAAAGAUGAAUGUGCUAUAAGCAAUGGCGGAUGCGAACAUGAAUGUGUGAAUACGAUCGGAAGUUACAGUUGUACAUGUAGAAACGGUUACGUAUUGCACACGAACAAACGAGGAUGCAAAGAAGCCGGAUGCAAACAUGAUAUUAAAACUGCAGUCGGAGAGAUAACAAGUCCAAACUGGCCAAAUAAAUACCCAAGUCGAAAGGAAUGCACUUGGUUAAUAAGAACUACACCAGGGCACAGAGUCAAAGUGGUAUUCCAUGAAUUUGAACUCGAAACACAGCCAGAAUGCGCGUACGAUCAUUUAGAACUAUAUGAUGGUUCUGACAGCGAUCAGACAGUCUUAGGUCGAUAUUGCGGAAGUAAAAAACCCGGAACUAUUGUCGCCACUACUAGUAUUAUGUUUAUCAAAUUUUUCUCUGAUGCUUCUGUACAAAAAAGAGGAUUUUCUGCAACACAUCAAACUGUUUGCGGUGGAAAUUUAAACGCGAGCACACGUUCGAAAGAUUUGUUUUCUCAUCCACAAUAUGGAGAUAAUAAUUAUAUUAGUGGACAGGAAUGUGACUGGAUUAUAACAGCAGAUACUGGACUUGUUGUCCGACUUACUUUUACAGCUUUUGAGGUUGAAGAGGAGACAGAUUGCAGUUAUGAUUUUGUUGAAGUUUAUGACGGAGAAGAUGAUUCUGCGACUAGAUUUGGUCGAUAUUGUGGAUCAAAGGCUCUGAGCACAAUAAUGUCUACUUCCGGUUCGUUAUUGUUACGUUUCCAUUCUGACGACACAAUCAAUAAGAAAGGAUUUCACGCAAGGUAUUCAAGUUCAUCAUAUGAAGACAUUUCUGAAUCUUCAAGUACAGGUCGUAGAAUUUGAUGAACCUCGUGCAAGAAUGGGCUAUCGUGCAUCAGAAGCUAAUACAGGUGUGGGUCGUCUUCGAGUCGAACACCAGUCGGGCGGAUCUUUCUGACGUCUAUUAACAAUCAUUCGUUGGCGAGCUGUGGGAACACAACGUUGCAGUUUUUAUGUUUCAUUCAGUGUAACGUUUUCAGCUACACUUUUUUGUAAUUAUUUUUUUUUACGAUGAUAACUCUUUAAAGUUUUCAUACUAUUAUAUUGAGAAUCUGAAAUGUUGCAUUUUAUUAUUCUAUUCCAUUCUCUUUGUUUUUAUAUCAAUCAAUAGCUCCAUUUUUGUAUUCGAUCACGCUCCAGAGUUUAUUACUCUGAGCCCCCAGGGCGCAUCGAAAAGAAAACGUUUUGAAUGGUCAUCGAUAUUACGACGAUACUGUUAAAACGGGUCAAGAAGUUAAAGGUACAUCGACCCUGCAUUUGUAAAGUAAUAUGGCUUUAGAUUUGGUUUUCAUAUUGCUACAAUUUUAAUCAAGCAUGCUCAAACUUGCCGGCAGCAUUUAUUUUAAAACGGAAUGAUUAGUGUACUCACAAGCAAGUUUUGAAUUUCUAUCCGCUACAUACAGGCUAAUUUUUGCAAACGAUUUCAAUUCAUACAAGAAUCUUCGGUCAUACAUACGUGAAUUGAUAUCCGAGUUUCAUGAAAGGCUUAUUGUUGCAAGAGAUGUCAGUUGAUGCAAGAAUUUUUGGUAAUACAUGGAACAGUAUUGAAUUCCAUGACACCCCAAAGCUUGGCUUUGUUUAUUUCUGAGCUACUGGUAAAUGCUCAACAUCGCUCACAAAAAACCUUACCUGCUAUCUCCUCCGUCUGCCUAUUCUUGUAGGCUACCAUGGCUCAAAGCUUUCCCCCAUUGCUUUUGUAUAUGCUGUUGAUUGUGUCGAAUCGAGUGAUCAUUUUUAAUAAAAACGUUGUCCAAAAUA